AUGGUUUUGGAAAAAACGAAAGAGGAUGUUUUGGAGAAAACGAAAGAGGAUGUUUUGGAGAAACCUAAGUUAGUUUGGUUUAAUGUAGUUGGUUUUGUUCUUCUGCAUUUAAUAUGGCUGUACUCAGUGUACAUUAUACUAACUGGAAAAGUCAAAUUAAUAACGACAAUUUACACAGUGACCUCCUGUAUCUUCAUAGCCGGACUUGGAAUCACGUUGGGGGCACACAGACUGUGGUCACAUCGUAGCUACAAGGCCAAACUACCCCUCAGGCUGUUCCUGCUGUUGGGGCAAACUAUGGCUGGCCAGAACUGCCUGUGGGUUUGGGUUCGAGACCACAGGACGCACCACAAAUUCAGUGACACUGAUGCAGAUCCUCACAAUGCCAAACGAGGCUUCUUCUUCUCCCACAUGGGUUGGCUCAUGAUGAGGAAACAUCCUGAUGUGAUAAGGAAGGGUAAACAGGUCGAUUUAUCAGAUUUGGAAGCGGAUCCUUGGAUCAUGUUUCAGAAAAAAUAUUACAUUCCGUUGCACUUACUUAUUUCUUUAGCUAUCUCAGCUGUACCGCAUUUUUUGUGGAACGAGUCCCUAUGGUAUAGCUUGAUGGUGAGUUAUGUCUUCAGAAUAGUAGUGCAGCUACAUUUUACGUGGACUGUUAACAGCUUCGCACACAUGUACGGAAACAAGCCUUACGAAAAGGAAAUCAUCCCAGCUCAGAACCCUUACGUGGCUAUACUGGCACUCGGUGAAGGAUGGCACAAUUUUCACCACGCCUUUCCAUGGGACUGCAAUACCUCUGAAUUCGGACAAUACUUCAAUCUUUCUUCAAAAUGCCUCAGAAUAUUUGAGUAUCUAGGCCUAGCUUACGAUCUAAAAAUAGCGACGAAAGAAAUAAUAAUGAAUAGGGUGUUGAAGCAUGGAGACGGUUCACACCAUUUAAUUGGAAAUUGAGAUGAAAUUAUCAAAUAAAUAGUCAAAAUAUGACUUGUUUUUUCCUAACUAAACGCUUAACAUUUUUUUUUUCUU